CAAAAAAUGGGUGGAAAUAAAAAUGAAUCCAACCUUAAUCUCUCAUUUCAGCAAGAGGAGAUAACGAGAGUGUGAAAGAGAGAGAAAAUGGCGGGGAGCAUAAGUUUACAGUCACGCCUUCUCUCCUCUUUCAUCGGCGGCGACCGUUUACUCCACCCUUCUCAACAUCCUCUUCACCACCUCUUCCGCUCUUCUCCAGGAAGAAAACAUGUCUCUAUGCAGUUGCCAAAAUCUCUCUCUGGCUUGACCAAUCUCUUAUUCAACAGAAGAAAUCUCGAGCAAGUGUCAACAAGAGAACGUAAACCUUUGAGGCCUGGUAAGGUGUCUCCUCCUAGACCUGUUCCAUCUCAUAUAAAGAGACCACCAUAUGUAAAAACUGGGAGUCCUCCGGGAAUAGCAAGUGGACCUGAGGUGCAUGAUGAGAGGGGGAUAGAAUGUAUGAGAGCCUCUGGGAGAUUGGCAGCUGAAGUUCUUGAAUACGCGGGCACUUUAGUCAAGCCAGGCGUGAAAACUGAUGAAAUUGAUGAAGCAGUUCAUCAAAUGAUUAUUGACAAUGGAGGGUAUCCUUCACCUCUUGGUUAUGGCGGAUUUCCUAAAAGUGUCUGCACAUCAGUUAAUGAAUGUAUUUGCCAUGGUAUACCAGAUUCAAGGCCACUUGAGGAUGGUGAUAUAAUUAACAUUGAUGUUACGGCAUACCUGAAUGGUUAUCAUGGUGAUACCUCAGCUACCUUCUUCUGUGGGGAGGUUGAUGAUGAAGCAAAAAAUUUGGUUCAGGUAACCAAAGAAUGCUUGGACAAGGCAAUUGCAAUAUGUGGACCAGGAGUCGAGUACAAAAAAAUUGGCAGAACAAUACAUGACCAUGCAGAUAAAUAUGGAUAUGGUGUUGUACGCCAGUUUGUUGGCCAUGGUGUUGGUCGUGUUUUCCAUGCUGAUCCUGUUGUUUUGCACUGCAGGAACAAUGAUGGAGGGCGCAUGAUAUUGAACCAAACUUUCACUAUCGAACCUAUGCUUACAAUGGGUAGUUAUAAUCCAAUUAUGUGGGACGAUAACUGGACGGUGGUCACUGAAGAUGGAAGCCUCUCAGCACAGUUUGAGCACACAAUUUUAAUUACAAAAGACGGAGCCGAGAUUUUGACUCAGUGUUGAUAUAGCCAAAUCGGUGAUACUGUAGCUGAUAUCUUCCUCCUCGCUCUGUGGCUUUGAUCCUGCAGCAAAGUGAGAAAAGAGCAACCGGACAAGAAAAAAGGACAUAUCCUAUUGAUCUAUUACUAUCCUUCUCAUUGCUUCUUGCCCCUAAAUAGUCUUAAUUUUUUUUUUCUAUAAAAUAUUGAAUUCAUUAUAUUGUACCGCUUCUGAAUAAUUUAAAGAGUUGUAUUAUUUUUUUGGUAGAAAUUUUCAAGGAGCUUAUUACUUUACCACCAAA